AUGGAUGAAACAGGCCGCCAGACUCAGGUGAAGCAAAAGCAAGGCACCCCCGGUGACCAGUCUUCCUCUUCGGCCUCUGCGCCGAGCAGGAAGAAGUCGAGGCGUGGUGCCGACCCGGCAAAUCAGAAACGCCGGUGUGUCAGCACGGCCUGCAUCGCCUGCCGCAAGAGAAAGUCCAAAUGCGAUGGCGCUCUUCCGAGUUGUGCCGCUUGUGCCAGCGUCUAUGGCACAGAGUGCGUCUACGAUCCCAACUCGGAUCACAGACGCAAGGGCGUCUACCGCGAGAAGGUGGACAGCAUGAAGGCUCAGAACACGACCCUGCAGGUUCUCAUCGAGGCCAUCCUCAAUGCCCCCGAGGAAGAUGUGCCCAGUAUCGUCAAGAUGAUCCGCACCUGUGACAAUCUCGACACCGUUGCCGAUGCCAUAUUGAGAGAAGAAUAUCGCAACGAAGACGCCGUAGAGGAGAACACCCCGGAGCAGGAUGUCCCACCCGAGGACCUCAACGAGGGCGAGGGGGAGUUGGCUCGGAAGAUGGGCGAGCUUCGGCUCGAGAAUGGCUCCGUCCGCUUCAUCGGCGGGACGUCCCACCUGAUCUACGUGGGUGACCCGACCGAGUCUCAACUCGAUCCCGAUCCCGAACAAUUUUCGACCGACCAGGACCCUAUCGCCAGCUGGACUGACGCCACCAACGACACCCAACUGAUCGUGCACCUAAUCAAUAUGUACUUCAGUUGGCAUUAUCCCUAUUUCACUAUCCUGUCCAAGAGCCUCUUCUAUCGAGAUUUCUUCCAAGGCAGACGCAGAACUCAGAUGAACAACACGGCGUACUGUUCAUCACUGCUGGUGAACGCCAUGCUGUCUCUGGGUUGUCAUUUCACAAAUGUUCCUGGCGCGUAUGCCAGCCCGCAUGAUGACCGGUCCAAGGGCGACCACUUCUUCGCCGAAGCAAAGAGACUCAUCUUGGACAACGAUGAAUACGAAAAGCCGAGGCUUACUACCGUCCAGGCUCUGGCAUUGAUGUCUGUCCGCGAAGCUGGCGCGGGGCGCGAGGCCAAAGGUUGGGUCUACAGCGGGAUGAGCUUCCGCAUGGCCCAGGAUCUCGGCUUGAACCUCGAUAUCGGAGGUUUCACCGCCAACAAGCAGCACUUGAACGAGCAGGAACUCGAUGCUCGACGCGUCACCUUCUGGGGCUGCUUCCUCAUCGACAAGGCUUGGUCCAAUUACCUCGGCCGCCUUCCGCAGAUACCAAAGAACUCGUACAGCGUGCCAAAAUAUGAGGUUUUCCCCGACGAAGACGCGGAGAUGUGGUCUCCUUACACAGACGGCGGGUUCGACGAGUCGCAGAAGCAGCCAGCUCGUACCCGUGCCAUCGGCCUACAGCUGUCCAAGCUGGCGGAGAUCAGUAGUGACCUGCUCAUCUACUUCUACCACCCGACCCAUAUCGGGAGGUCUCGGGGCAAGGCAGCCGAGCUGAAGAAGCUCAGCGAACUGCACAGGAGCCUUGAAGACUGGCGGAAGGAGCUGCCGCAAGAAUUCGAGCCGAAAGAGGGACAGCUCCCGAAUGUGAUCCUCAUGCACAUGUUUUUCCACCUCCAGUAUAUCCACCUCUUCCGGCCCUUUUUGAAAUACUCUCCAAAGGCCUCUCCGCUCCCAGCACAUGUCUCUCCACGCCGUAUCUGCACAGCCAAUGCCGGUGCUAUCUCAAAACUAAUGAGGUUGUACAAGAAGAUCUACAACCUUCGUCAGAUCCCGAAUAUCGCAGUCUACAUGAUCCACAGCGCCUGUACCAUUCACAUUCUCAACCUUCCCGAGAAGACAGCCAGGAGAGACAUCAUCCAUGGCGUCAAGCACCUGGAAGAGAUGGCCGAGGACUGGCUCUGCGCCCGGAGGACCCUCUCCAUCAUUAGCGUGCUGGCGCGAAAGUGGAAUGUCGAGUUGCCAGACGAGGCCUCGGUCGUGCUCAGGAGGAGCGACGAGAAAUGGGGCACUGUGAGCACGCUGGACGUCCCUUCGCCAUUCAAGAUGAGCGUCAGCUCGUCUCCGCCGGUGUUCCCGGGCCAGCCCUCGCUCGCUUCGACGCCAGAGGCCUACAACCAAUACGCCCCGCAGGCACAAAAGAGACUCCCCGCUACCACCCUGGCUUCGGAGCUCAUGGGGAGUCUGGACGCGGUGGCGACGGGCGGCGACGGCGCAAACACGGGGUCCGGCGCCUCUUCGCAGGUAGGCAACACCUCGUCAAUGUCCAUGGACACCAUCAACUCGUGGGCGAUGCCGAUGACCACCAGCGAGCCACUCGGGUCCGGGACGACCACCUUUGUGCAGUCGCCCUAUUCGACCCCCGGGCAGGGCGGGUUCCGCCAGACUUCGCUCUACGCCGUCGACGGCCAGGACUACUACCUCAAGGACGGCGUCAACUGGCAGCAGAACUUUGAGGGCUGGGGGCUCGGCGGCGGAGCCCCCGUCGGAGGGAACACGCCCGCGGCGGGUGGAGGCGGCGACGUCCCCGACCUCUUCAUGUUUAGGAACGUGCGGAACUCGGACGGGUCUCCGGCCUUUGACUCCCUCAACAGCCCGAUGGACAGCCUGAAUAAUCUACCCGGGCUGGAUUGA